AUGGCUGUGAAUCUGAUUGGUGAUUUGUAUGAGUCACGUGCUGUCUUCCAGGCCUGUCUGCAGACUGAGGGGGCGUUCACCUCUCUGGCAGCCCAGGAGCUCUCCCUGAGUAAGAAGCACCAGAAGAACCAGGACCAGCCCAUAGACAGCAAGAGGGUUUCAGUGCGUUCCAGUGAGGUGAUGACCCGGGAGGUGGAGAAGCUGGAAGAACCCUGUCCCUUCAGGAGAGGAGGAGGACGGGCAGGACGAGAGCUGAAAAGACUCCAGAGAAGAAUAUGUAAUAUCCUGGACGACUGGCUGGAGUUCUACCGGGUCGCCACAGGUAUCAAGUGCCCAGAUAUAGAGCGGAUGUCUGAUGGUCCAAUGCGGCCCAGACUGAAGAGAGAGGGCCAGUCAGCAGCCCUGCCCUCCCUCCACCCCACCACAGGGCUGUCAGACAGUACCCGGGGUCUACCAGAGGGGGGAAGCACUGCGCUACUUGCCAGCACCAGACACCUGCCUCUGCCUGCACCUACAGAUGUCCUCCUGCCAGGCUCCACCCACAAGUUGUCAUGGACAUUUUCUCCAAAGAAGCAGGGCAAGAAGGGCAGAGAGGAGCCCCUUCAUUUCACACAGUCAGGGACCUUCAGAGUCCACAGCAACAUCAGACUGGAGUCUGUAGUGAUCCCGAGAUGCAGUCCGGAGCUCCGUCUCGCUGCCCAACUCCCCCACUACACAUCCUCCAGUCCCUCCACCCCUUACCCCCUCUACAGCCCGUGUCCUGCCCAGCUCAGGGCCGCUCUCCUGGGGUUAGAGGGCCGGACUCGGAGGCUGUGUCGCUGUCGCUCCAGGACCAUGCCAAUCCUGACAGAUCAGGAGUAUGAUGCCUUCAUCUGGGGCCAGCCCCCCCACAGUGAACAGAUCCUGGUGGUGUGUGUGACACACCCGCACCAGACCCCCCUCGCCCCUCACAUCCCCUUGCUGCCCAAUGAGGACAUGCUGGAGCUGCUCUACGAGAGGAUGAAUAAGAACAGGACCAUGCCAUGCACUCAGAGUCAGCUGGACUCGUUCCGCCUGGUGAGGUAUGAGCUGUCUACAGGGAAGACCUGCCCAGCUGCCCACAAUGCACUGCUGCAGCAGAGACACAAUGCCGCCCCUGGGAUGUUUCUGAUGUACAUCAGAGGGAAGCUGCUGUUCGCUGACUACAUCUUCAACGGCUACAGCUGCUCAGUGAGGGACCUCCACAAGCAGAUCUCUAAAACUAGAGGGGACUACAGACAGGGCCAMAGCCUGCCCUCAGACUACAAGUUCAGUGCCCAGGUGAAGAGUCCAGCAGUUGGGGACCCACCUGGCCACCAGGGGGUUCAGAAAGUCCCUGAUGGAGGAGAACAUCUCUCUAGAACACCUGCCCUGUUUAGGAGAAGGGACAAGUCCCACUGA